UGAUUCACGUUUAUCUGAAAUCGAAACUCAAGGCUGAAAAAGGAGAAGAAAGGAGACAGAGUCCGGACUGACAGGAGGAGCAGAGAGGAGCCAAAGAAUCCUUCAACUUUCUUUAUCUCACUUUUUUAAACGUGAACCUGAAAUCCCAACAUUUUCAUCUGUUAUCAUGGACUCUCGAAACCACGUUGCCAGUCUGAACGAGUACGCGCAGAGGAGACGAUUGCCUCUCAGUUAUGAUUUCCUCGGUUCUGAUGGUCCGGACCACAACAAAACAUUCACCAUGAGGGCAGUCAUUGGCGGUAACCUUUAUCCCAACGGUGUGGGGAAGACAAAGAAGGACGCAAAACAAGACGCCGCUAAAAACGCCCUGACACAUUUGUUGGAGAAUGGAAACCAGGAUCCCGUUGAACCUAGUGUAAACGCAGCAGAAGCUUCGGCUGCAGCAGCUCAUCAGACGACUCCCAGAAGCAUCAACUACAUCAGCUGGCUGAAUGAAUACGGGCAGAAGAACAGGGUGGAUGUACGCGCCGUGGAGUCGGCAGGAGUGGGAGCUAACCAAUGCUGUCACUACGUGGUGGAUGAUAAGACAUAUCCAUCUGCCACCGGGGCGACAAAAAGGGAAGCCAAAGAGAGAGCAGCCAAGCUUGCACAUGAUGAGAUAGGUAGCAGUGAAAAUACACAGAGUCCUACCUCAUCAACAGUGCCUAAAGACGAUGGAGCAUCACCCAUGUUGUCUGCACGCUCAGCUGCACGGACAUUGAAUGAAUCAUCACCACAGAGCACAUCAGGCAGCACCAGUGACUCGAUCGUUUUUGCUCAUUCAUCAAACUCUUCCGGGGCUCAGACGUCCUCGGGUUUUUCUGAAGUUGGAGCAUCGAGCAGUGAAUCUUUUUCAUCGUCACCAAGAAUGCAGCGAUACCCAAACAUCUCCGGAGUAGGCACUGCUUCCCCCAGCCCGUCUAUGGAAGAGGACGUCAAUCAGAAGAAAAAGAAUGAGACGUCUUCCUCAAGAAGCUUUACCGCAGACUUUGAUACCAUCCAGAACAUUAGCAGUGGAGCUUAUGGUUGUGUGUUCAAGGCCAGAGAAAAACUAUUGGAAAAGGAUUGUGCUGUGAAGAUCGUCCUCCAUCUGAAGAAAUCUCUUCAAGAGGUGCUUACUUUAUCAGAGCUCCUACACCCGAACGUCGUCCGCUACUUCACAUGUUGGACAGAAGAUUCAGGAUACCAGUGGGAGGAUUUAGUUGGCAGGGACAGCUCUUUCCUGUCGUCAAACAACUCAAAGUUCCUCUACAUUCAGAUGGAGUUAUGUGACACCAAAACCCUGAAGGACUGGAUUCAAGAGAAGAACACUGAGUCUCUGACAGACUUGAAGAGAGGAGAACAAAGUCUCCACAUCGCUGAACAAAUAUUCAGUGGAGUCGAGUACAUUCAUCUCAAGAAGAAAAUCCACAGGGACCUGAAGCCUGCAAACAUCCUGUUUGGCCUGGAGGGACAGGUGAAGAUCGGGGACUUUGGUCUGGUCACCGGAGAUGACACUUUGAACAAAACGACAUACGUAGGAACCCCCAAUUACAUGGCCCCUGAACAAAAAACUGGGCGGACUUAUGAUCGAAAGGUGGACAUAUAUGCUCUGGGUUUGGUUUUCUUGGAACUCCUGUGGAAACUCCCGACUGGCCAUGAAAAAGUAGAGGUGUUUGAAAAGGCCAAGCGCCAGGAGUUUCCCCCUGAGUUUGCUCGGAGGUUCUUCUCAGAGGUUCAAAUCAUCAAGUCGAUGCUGAGCAAGGAGCCAAAGGAGCGACCUGAAGCGAGCGCGGUGAGAGCCAAGCUGAAGCGGCGAGCUGAGAGAAGGCAGCAGGACAUGACGGUCUGAAUAUCCAAGAGGAACGUCAGAUUUGCACAUUUCUCUUUCCUUUCGCUGAUGGCUUGAGAUGAUUUGAGUCGCUGCCUCGUGGUGGUGGGUGGAUCUGAAAUGAAAAUGAUUUGAUUGGAUCUGGAGUCCAGACUUUGAGGACUCGUGACUCAACGUUACCUGGACCUGGUUGUCAUGACUACACACAUGACUGCAGACUUGGACGUUGAGAGCUUUUAAAACUUGAUGUGUGAUUUUUUUAAUGCAUUGAACGCCACUUAUACAGGCGUGAGAUAUAAUGGUGGAGGUUUGUUUACCUUGUGAAUUCUUUUAAUCCCACUUGUUGUUUGUGAUCCUCUGUCAGUGUAUCCAUUGUCCCGUCUUCAACACGUGAUGUUUGGCUGCUGUUUCAGAAAGCAGCUUCAGUUCCCACUCUGAGUCCGUUCACCCUGAAAAGAGGGGGACUCUGGGUUUUCUGUUUCAGUAUGGGAGGUCACUGAAACCCGAGAAAGAGGGGUCACUUAGGGUGGUUUCACAUUAGGGAUCCGCUAGACCCCAAAAUCCGGUUCAUUUAAUCAGUGUGAACACAAACGUACCGUACUCGGGUACCGUGCCUGAGUCCGCUUGAAGAGGGGGUCUCGGGUUAGAUUCAUGUGUACUCGAGUACGGUCUGAUGAGAUCUGUGCUCAAACCAGGAAGUGGACCGCUAUAUGUGGUCAUUCUAAAUGGCCCCUAUCGCUUUACAAGCUGUGGCCCCCAUAGCUCCAGUUAGCUCAGAGUCAGACUUUGUCAGUUUGCUGAACCUGCUUUCUGAAUCCCCCCCCGGUCUCUGGAUGACUUUAAGUGUUUAAAUUCAGAUUAAAUAGAAUAAAAUAACCUUCUUUUAUGUCAACAUGAAAUCAUGAACUGUUUAUCAAACUUUUUAAAAAGUGACUUUUCCCUGAAUUCGUCAUCAGCGGACUUUUGAAUCAUUGCUGGAAGUGUUUUGAUCUUUUUACAUCCUUGGGUUAAUAAAAUAAAGGUUCAAAGGGUAAA